CUUCGCGCGAGAAGGAAAACAAAGCCAAACACUAGAGAGGCGUUACAUGUGUAAACUUAAGUUUUAAAAAUAUAUUUUAAAUUACCCCUGUCUUAUCAACCCCCUCCGCCACGCAAGGGGCUGCAAUGCAACCUCCUCUUCCAUUGCAGGAACUGCAGUGGCACCUGGUUCACAAUUGUUUGUUGCUUUCGGAUAUAGCCUCGCAGAAUGGAGGGAAGUUGGUCAAACAUUUAUGGGCGAACGAUGAGAAACAUUGCAAAAGGAAGGAUGUUACUGUUUGUGAAAUGGUUAUGAGAAGACUGAUGAUGUCUCUGAGAAGACCUCGCUGGCCGACCAGGAGGAAGUACGGAUGAUACUCAUCAACCAGCCCCAGCUGACAAAAUUCUGCAAUAAUCACGUCAGCACUGCAAAAUACAACAUAAUCACAUUCCUUCCAAGAUUUCUCUACUCUCAGUUCAGAAGAGCUGCUAACUCAUUUUUUCUCUUUAUUGCACUGCUUCAGCAAAUACCUGAUGUUUCACCAACAGGUCGCUACACAACACUGGUUCCUCUCUUAUUUAUUUUAGCUGUGGCAGCUGUCAAAGAGAUAAUAGAAGAUAUUAAACGACAUAAAGCUGAUAAUGCAGUGAACAAGAAACAGACACAAGUUUUGAGAAAUGGUGCUUGGGAAAUUGUGCACUGGGAAAAGGUAAAUGUUGGAGAUAUAGUUAUAAUAAAAGGCAAAGAGUAUAUACCUGCUGACACUGUACUUCUCUCAUCAAGUGAGCCCCAGGCCAUGUGCUACAUUGAGACUUCCAAUUUAGAUGGUGAAACAAACCUGAAAAUUAGGCAGGGCUUACCAGCGACAUCAGAUAUAAAAGACAUUGACAGUUUGAUGAGACUUUCUGGCAGAAUUGAAUGUGAAAGUCCAAACAGACAUCUGUACGAUUUUGUGGGAAACAUCAGGCUUGAUGGACACAGCACUGUCCCCCUGGGAGCAGAUCAGAUUCUUCUUCGAGGCGCCCAGUUGAGAAAUACACAGUGGGUUCACGGAAUAGUUGUCUACACUGGACAUGACACCAAACUGAUGCAGAAUUCAACAAGUCCACCACUUAAACUCUCAAAUGUGGAACGGAUUACAAAUGUACAAAUUUUGAUUUUAUUUUGUAUCUUAAUUGCCAUGUCUCUCAUCUGUUCUGUGGGCUCAGCCAUUUGGAAUCGGAGGCAUUCUGGAAAGGACUGGUAUCUCAACCUAAACUAUGGUGGUGCUAAUAAUUUUGGACUGAAUUUCUUGACCUUCAUCAUCCUUUUCAACAAUCUCAUUCCUAUCAGCUUGUUGGUUACAUUAGAAGUGGUGAAAUUUACCCAGGCAUACUUUAUAAAUUGGGAUCUCGACAUGCACUACGAACCCACAGACACUGCUGCUAUGGCUCGAACAUCUAAUCUGAACGAGGAACUUGGCCAGGUAAAAUACAUAUUUUCUGACAAAACCGGUACUCUGACCUGCAAUGUAAUGCAGUUUAAGAAGUGCACCAUAGCUGGAGUUGCUUAUGGGCAGAGCUCACAGUUUGGAGACGAAAAAACGUUUAGUGAUUCGUCAUUGCUGGAAAACCUCCAAAAUAAUCAUCCAACUGCACCUAUAAUAUGUGAAUUUCUUACAAUGAUGGCAGUUUGUCACACAGCAGUGCCAGAGCGAGAAGGCGACAAGAUUAUUUACCAAGCAGCAUCUCCAGAUGAGGGAGCAUUGGUCAGAGCAGCCAAGCAACUGAAUUUUGUUUUCACUGGAAGAACACCGGACUCGGUGAUUAUAGAUUCACUGGGGCAAGAGGAAAGAUACGAAUUACUCAAUGUUCUGGAGUUUACCAGCGCUAGAAAAAGAAUGUCCGUGAUUGUUCGCACACCAUCCGGGAAGUUACGACUUUACUGCAAAGGAGCUGACACCGUGAUAUACGAUAGACUGGCAGAGACUUCAAAAUACAAAGAAAUCACCUUAAAACAUUUAGAGCAGUUUGCUACAGAAGGGUUAAGAACCUUAUGUUUUGCCGUGGCUGAGAUCUCAGAGAGCGACUUCCAGGAGUGGCGAGCGGUCUAUCAGCGCGCGUCCACAUCUGUGCAGAACCGGCUGCUCAAGCUCGAAGAGAGUUACGAGCUAAUUGAAAAGAAUCUUCAGCUACUUGGAGCUACAGCCAUUGAGGAUAAAUUACAAGAUCAAGUGCCUGAAACUAUAGAAACUCUCAUGAAAGCAGAUAUCAAAAUCUGGAUCCUCACGGGGGACAAGCAGGAAACCGCCAUCAACAUUGGACACUCCUGUAAACUGUUGAGGAAGAACAUGGGAAUGAUCGUUAUAAACGAAGGCUCUCUUGAUGCAACAAGGGAGACUCUCGGUCGCCACUGCACCAUCCUCGGCGAUGCUCUGCGAAAAGAGAAUGACUUUGCUCUUAUAAUCGAUGGGAAAACCCUCAAGUACGCCUUAACUUUCGGAGUCAGACAGUAUUUCCUGGACUUGGCUUUGUCAUGCAAAGCUGUUAUUUGCUGCAGGGUUUCUCCUCUUCAAAAAUCUGAAGUUGUUGAGAUGGUCAAGAAACAAGUCAAAGUCAUAACGCUCGCGAUUGGCGAUGGAGCCAAUGACGUCAGCAUGAUACAGACGGCGCACGUGGGCGUUGGCAUAAGCGGCAAUGAAGGCCUGCAGGCCGCCAACUCUUCUGACUACUCCAUAGCUCAGUUCAAGUAUCUGAAGAAUUUAUUGAUGGUUCAUGGCGCCUGGAACUAUAACAGAGUCUCCAAGUGCAUUCUGUACUGCUUCUACAAGAAUAUAGUCCUCUAUAUUAUUGAGAUCUGGUUUGCCUUUGUGAAUGGCUUUUCUGGACAGAUCCUCUUUGAGAGAUGGUGUAUAGGUCUUUAUAACGUGAUGUUUACAGCAAUGCCUCCCUUAACUCUCGGAAUAUUUGAGAGAUCCUGCAGAAAAGAGAACAUGUUGAAGUAUCCUGAAUUGUACAAAACCUCCCAGAACGCCCUGGACUUCAACACCAAGGUUUUCUGGGUUCAUUGUUUAAAUGGCCUCUUCCACUCAGUUAUUCUGUUUUGGUUUCCACUGAAAGCCCUUCAGUAUGGAAAUGUAUUUGGAAAUGGGAAAACCUCUGAUUAUCUGCUGUUGGGAAACUUUGUUUACACUUUUGUGGUGAUAACUGUGUGUUUGAAAGCUGGAUUGGAGACGUCGUACUGGACGUGGUUCAGCCACAUAGCGAUUUGGGGCAGCAUCGCGCUCUGGGUGGUGUUUUUCGGCAUCUACUCCUCCCUGUGGCCCGCCGUUCCGAUGGCCCCCGAUAUGUCAGGAGAGGCUGCCAUGCUGUUCAGUUCCGGCGUCUUCUGGAUGGGCCUGUUGUUCAUCCCUGUGGCAUCAUUACUUCUUGAUGUGGUGUACAAAGUCAUCAAGAGGACUGCUUUUAAAACCUUAGUAGAUGAGGUUCAGGAGCUGGAGGCGAAAUCUCAAGACCCAGGUGCAGUUGUGCUUGGAAAAAGCCUCACGGAGAGGGCGCAACUGCUCAAGAACGUCUUUAAGAAGAACCACGUGAACUUGUACCGCUCGGAGUCCUUGCAACAAAACCUGCUCCAUGGGUAUGCUUUCUCACAAGACGAGAACGGAAUCGUGUCCCAGUCUGAGGUGAUCAGAGCCUAUGACACCACGAAGCAGAGACCCGACGAGUGGUGAUGGCACGGGGAGCUCCCAGGUCUUUCCGGAACCUGCCGGCCGAUCCCAGUCUGGCGCAAGGAAGGGGAAGGGGAUCUGAGCUCAUCCCAUCGGCCGACCGUCAGAUCCGUGCCCAUCCCACAGUACCCUGUGCCACUCUAACACCAUCUCGUUCAGAUUUUUUCAAAUGUUCGCUGAGUCUUUGUAAGCAGAAGGUGAAAAUGACCUUGUACCUUGCCUGAACACUUUCCUAAGCUGAGGAUAGGUCAGUAAGUCUUAGGCUGUUCAGCAGAUAUAAACCCACAAGGCGACCGACCAUUAAAAAAAAAAAAACCCUCUAAAGUGGUAAUAAUUUAAAGGGACUCUUGAUAUCCAGACUUAGAUUCCAGAACAUGCUGAAAAAAGCCAGCGCUCUUCUCUAAGGAACUGACUGCCCUCACUGAGCAAAAUUUCUAAACAAGACAUUAAUAAGUGUUUGUGUCAAAAACCGUCCUGAUCAGUGUUUGCCAAAGACGCUCAGUACGUGUAUUUCCCACCCCGUAGUCAUUUGCCCAGAAACUAAGAGAGCGUAUACCUCCAGUUCUGCUGUAAGAUCCGCAUGCUUGACUCUUCAGAUGUAAGAAGUGAUCCGCAAAAAUGAGUAUUUCAAGGCAUUUGCUACUAACCUCUGUGAUGUCGCACCUCUGGCCUUACAGAUGCUUCUGUCUCGUUUGUCUCGUUCACUCGUCGGCGCUGGAGGGCCCACGGGCAACGUGAUGCUGCUGUCGUAGUCCUGAUUUCUAAGCCGUGUUUGUCUCCCCAUCAGCUCCGAGGAGGUGUCCUCCUCGUGUAGAUUUUUCUAGAGAUCUGGCUUCUGCUGAAGACUGAGCGCCGUCACUUUGUCUUACAGUUUCCCCCCUCGAGCAAAACACGCUUCCGUAUUGGUGUGGGAUCCGCGGGCUUACACGGGGAGCUUCGGGUACCCCUUGGGAUAAGUGCAUGGGCUUCUGUGAUGUCCCCGGGCUCGGCUUUUGUCCCGUGUCGCCUGCUGUGUGCGUAGCACCCCCCGGGCUUGUCGAGCGGCUCCCCAGAACCACUCACACUAAUGUGCUGCUAACUGGGACAGAUCCGUGGGACACAGGAACACCUGUCGGACUCAGACCCGUAAGUUUACCGCCAAAGUCGGUCUUCACCCCAAGUAGCUUCUGUUACUAGGUCUUUAAAUGUAUGUUAGUUUAAGCAUUUUCGGCAUUUCCCAGACAUCUCCUGCAAAUGCCUAUUUUGCUACCGACAAUAAAUGGUGAAGGGGCUGUUUAAAAACCGCAACCAGUUUUCUAUACUAUUUUUAAAAUAAUGCUCUCAUUUAAAAGAAAAUCAAAUAAAAAGGAAUUCUAGUUUUCAGAUACACUUCAGAGAUCGAAGCAAACUUUUUGCCUUUUAUUCAGAAGCCUGUUUGCCUUUAAGUGGACUUACCAGCAAAAUAGGUGGAACUUCCUCUUUUCAAAAAAAAAAAAAAAGUCAACUGGAAUUGUGAAGAGAGGUGAUUUUCCAGGUCGCACUUUGAGUCUAAUAUAAUUCCACAUUCUUUUUACCCUUUUUCUUAGUCUAGAUUUAGAAUUAGGUUCCACGUCAUUUCCUUCUCUGUAUUCGUAGUUACUUGGUCCUCCCCCGUUUUCUUGAAAUAAGAGAGGUCAUAACACAUACAUAAUUCUAGAGGGGGCAGGGAGGUGACACAGGUCACUUCCCAGACCGUUCCCAUUCGGGGUUGAGAGUAAGAAAACCGUGAAUCGAAACACCUAGAAAGACCAGGGGUGUUAACAGCCUAAGACCAGCUUCAAAACUCUGAAGUCGGAGAUUUUUGUCUACUGAAUGAAUAUUCAGAGAGGCUCCUGGGCCCCCCAGUGAUGACAGUCGAGGUCAAACGACACAAAUCAAAAAACAAGAAUGAAGCGUGUCCCUGCAGAGAAACACUGGAGAGCAGUUACAGACAAGAGCUACGUCCACUUGCCUCCACCUCAUCAGCGGCAUCCUUCUCCAAAAUGUUCAUAUCAAAAUAGGAUGAAUAUAACAGAAAUGAAUUUUCUGGCCAAAAAAAAAAAAAAGUAAAAGUUUUCUUUUUGAUCUUAAAACAUGGAUUAUUUCUAUGGAGCUCUUCAACGUGAGUAAAAUGCCCCCGGUUAAGUAAUGCAUGAGAUCGUGGUCUGAAAUAGGGCCAAUUUAUGUCUUUUUGUCCCAUAGUCCUAUUUUUGAAUUAUUAAGUCAAUUCCUCUGGUCCCUGGGUGAGAGAGGGGGUUGGGCAACAGGGAGUGACCUCGUUGGUAAAACUUAAAACACAGCACUGCAGUCGCAGGGACUUCCUCCCGUUAGAGGAAACCUCUGAUUUUUUAACCUUCCUAAGAGGAGGGGGAAAGUAGCAGUUUUGCCAGGAUUGAAACAGCUGAAGUGACUUUUUAACUUGUAUUUUCUGAAAUGGAGGACACAUACUCUUCAAUUAAAAAGCCCUUGUAGGGACUUGGCAAAUGCUAACACCGUUGCUUUACAAUGUUUACAGUUCAGAAAAUACGACGGCAGAAUAUCCUCAUUCAUUUAACAUUGAAAAGCUGCGAGUUGGCUUCUUUAAUGUUGAAUAGUGCACCGCGAUAUCGAGCGUGAACUUUCUAAAUGUUUUAUAUUUACACAUAAAAAUAUAUUGGUGGCUCACACCCGGAGAGAUGCUAGAAUAGGGCAGAAAUUGUUAACUGGAGAAUGGCUGUUUCUCAGGAAUGUAGCAAAUUUAAGAUGUUCUCUGUGCUGCCCAAGCCUCCCACCCCCCCCGCUCGGAGGCUGGUGUGAACGGGCUCGGCAGUGUUGCAAAGCUAACGGAAACCCUUUUUUCUAAUCAAGUCAGGUGAACGUGGAUUCUUAAUCAACAAUAUUAUUCACUUACACGAAUUAUAUAGUCACUGAAUGGAGUCAGUGAUUCCUCUUAAUUUUCGGAGGGAAAGCUGAAUUCCAGAAAUCAACAUUUAUUCCGAUUGUUAGGCUGUACAUUUUAAUUUUGCCAUUUAGCAUUCUAAAUAUCAAAUACGAACAUCACAUGAUAAAUUUGUUCCGCGGUGUGUGCGCUCUGCAUCACCUAUCACUUGCCAUUUAAAACAUCCUUCCAGGAAACGGAUGCUAGUCUGAAAGUAAUAGAUUGUAUAUUUGUAGUUUUUAAAUUAUUUGUAGCAAUGUCCCAACGGUUACCAUACUAAAUGAUCAUCAGUGUAUAUUUUUGUGCAGUGCCCUAUGACAGUUCUUGGUUCUAAAACUUAUUUUAUCAAAUAAGCCUAUAAUCUUAUAAAUAACCAUUUAUAAAAUUUAUGGAGACAACACCCACCCCAUUCACAUCAUGUGGACCAGAUCUGUGGAGUUCUUUUUUUUGUAAACUCAUGAACACCAUGCAGUUCGGUGCCUAAUAAAUGCUUUUUAAUGAUGAACAUUUCUAUAAUGCUUCUUUAAGAGAUCACAAUCUGAUUUUUCUCACAUUAAAAUAACUGAAGUCACUUGUGAGACUUAGUUAUACUUUGCUGCAUUUUAAUUAACCUUCAGUGGCUAUUAAAAUGGAAUGUAAGUUAAACUUUGAAGGAAAGGAAAUAAAUGUUUUCCAUUUUUCGUCUUGAUUUAUUUUCUGUAUGAAAGCAGCUGUGUUUUUGAUAGGUUUAUGGUUUGCAUGAAUUAAUAUUUAAAGUGGCCUGGGCCAAUGCAUGGCUGUUGCUGUAAAUCUUGAUGUUUAUUUCUGCCUUAUAAAAUUCUAUCAUGGCCUACCUGGAAUUUAAUAUUCAGUGGACAAAUUAAUUGGUUCUUUGCACAACUUUUUUUAAUAAGUAAAUUAUUUUACAAACAAAUUUAAUUGCAACUUUUAUUUAGCUUGCUUCUAAGAACUUUCCUUAAUAAAGCUCACAAAACUUCUCAGCAAAUAAAUCUCCCGUAAGUAGGAAAAAAGCUAGAUUUCAUACAUGCUUACUUUGAAUUAACAGCAACUUUCCAUAGGUAAAUCUGCUCUUGCAAAAACGUGAGCAGAAUAUUAAAAAAUAAUAUCUUUAUGUUUCAUGGUUCUAGAAUAGAAGCCAUAAAUGCAGUAAAUACUGUUUGCUGUUUAUUUAGCUACUUCAAGCUUCAUUUUUCACAUUUUCAACUUUAUUAAGUUUAAAAAAAAAAAGGCAGCCUUGGAAGGCAGCUACUAUGGAAAAUCGAAGUUUGCAUUAAAGAUAAAAUAGUUUUUUCAGCUCCAUGAAAAACCAUUCCUGCUGAAACUGCUGUCGAAAUUGUGAAGCUGCAUGAGUGGAGACUAUUGAAUCUGUGAUUAUAGUUUUCUCAGGUUUGUUUAUCUCGAUGUUCAAUGCACUGUGUUUUAUAAAUAGUUAUUAAAGUUGAGUAAUACUCA